CUGUGAGCUGAGUCUGUUUGUUGUCAGGGCUUCGGCUUCAUGUGCUUCCUGGCUUUAGCUCGUUAAAGUGUUAUAAAGGGGGAUAUUAGUGCAUAUUGCGAGUUUACAGAAUAGUGAUGUGUGGAUGUAGAGAUGUACUCGGAGGUUUUUGUCUAUCUGAAAAACUUCGCCAUGAACUGUAACUCGGUACUUUGGUAACGUUAGCGUCAGAAAUCGGCUCUCUAAUGUUAGCUUGCAAUGCCCCUCGCUCCUGCAAACCAGUCCCAGUUGAUCCGGUCCAGUCAGAAGGACGAAUAUUAUCAAACCUUCCUGAGAAACAACGCCAACGAAGCUUUUCAGACACUUGCGGGAUCCAAAAGAUGGCUGGACUGGAGGAGAGAGAUAGAGCUGCUCUCAGACUUUGCAUACUACGGUUUAACAACUUUCUCAGGUUACCAAACGCUGGGCGAAGAGUAUGUCAACAUCGUGCAGGUGGAUCCCACUAAACAUCAAAUCCCCUCUCGGACCAGACGAGGCCUCUUUGUCCUCUGCCACACCGUCCUUCCUUACCUCCUGGACAAGGUCCUGGUGUGCCUGGAGAACGAGCUGGAAGGUGGGCACGAGAGCCGCAGUGGCGUCAGUCGGCGGCAGGCGGCGUCCGGGCCGUGGAGCCUGGAGUGUUGGCUGAAGAGAUGGAUGCAGAGGGCAGUGGGGCUGUUGUCGGAGCCCCAGAGGAGAGCGUGCCUGCCGGCCGUGUUUGUCCUCCAGCAGGGUCUGACCCUCCUGCACCGACUCCACGUGGCUCUGUUCUACAUCAGCGGCUCUUUCUAUCACCUGUCCAAGAGGGCGGCUGGUAUCCGCUAUCUGGGUGUGAUGGGGCUGAACAGCGAUGACGGGACCAUCAGGAGCAGCUACAGGCUGCUGGGGACCGUGUCCCUCCUCCAGCUGCUCAUCACUGUGUCUCUGCAGCUCAACAACUUCAGACAGAGACAGAGAGCCAGGCAGGAGUGGAAGCUCUACAGGAACCUCAGGACCAGGACCAGACCCAAGGACACAGCUGGAGAUGUUCCUCAGCACACACACCGCUCAGGCCCCAGAGCUGCCCACUGUAUCCUCUGCCUGGAGGAGAGGAGACACUGCACCUCCACUCCCUGUGGACACCUCUUCUGCUGGGAGUGCAUCACAGAGUGGUGCAGCACCAAGGCCGAGUGCCCCCUGUGUCGGGAGAAGUUCCAGCCUCACAGACUGGUGUACCUGAGGAACUACAGCUAGGACUACACAGCCUGAUCCCACACACACACACACACACUCUGCUGGUGGACUAAUGCUUUGUAAUACCUGUGCAAUAAGCACAUAAGCAAUGUUUUCCAUCUUUGUGCCAACAUACGGUAGCUUCUUCAGUAUAAACACAACCUUUUAGGCUCUUUUCAUUCAUAAUUGAUUGAGAAUUGCAUUUUUGAUUGUAUCAGUCCAAACGUGUAAAUAUAACUAAUUAAAACUGUAACAGGUGAUAAUAAAAUGCGAGAAAUGUCCAA